GACUUCACUAGUGCCUGAGGGUUUUGUGGUUGCCAAGUUUGAUGUCUAAUAUAAUUUGUCAAGACAGGGGGAAGAGGAAGUUAAAACUAAGAGACUUAGACCUCUUCUCCCUGAGAAACUUAACCAGUCUGUUUGACUUUUUUUCCAGCUAAUGCCAUGAUGCUUUCCAGCUUGUUCAGUUGCAUACUGAUGGUACUUCUUACAGGUCCUUCUGAGUCUGUAAAGAUUAUCAGAGCAAUAAAGGGUCAAUCUGCCACUUUGCCUUGCACAUAUUCAGUGCAUAAGGGUGUCACCAGUAUGUGUUGGGGCCGGGCAUGGUGUCCUGUGAUUAGGUGCUCAAAUGAAAUCAUCUGGACAGAUGGACACGAGGUGACUUUUCAGCAUUCCAACCGAUACCACUUAAAGGAGAACCUUUCUCAAGGAAUUGUGUCCUUGACAAUAGAGAAUGUGACAGAGGCAGAUACUGGAUUCUAUUGCUGCCGGGUGCAAAUUUCUAAUUGGUUAAAUGAUCAGAAAAUUUCAAUGAUACUCAAAGUUGAACAAGCCAGUACUGUUACUGCUCUAACAACCUUCACUUCCACUCACCCAAUGCUGACAACCCUAACAUCUGCUUCUACUUAUCCAAUGUUGACAACCACCCAAGACCAAAACUCAGUUUCUUCCACUCCUGUUUUGGACAUAGUGAUAACCAGACCUUCAGAAACAUCAAUUAGAAAAAACUGGACACAGCCUGAUAGCCCAAUUGGAGUGAAUGAUACCGUGACAGGGACUUCAGAAGGCUACCAGGGUGAACAUCAAAUGGCCAUCGUACAUGAUCAAGUGGUGACCACUAAUAAGGGUAUAUAUAUUGGAGUUGGUGUCUUUGUAGGAGUGCUUCUCAUUGUGAUUCUACUUGUCUUUGUUUUGAAACGAUAUUUCUAUAACGGAAAGAAUGCACAUGUUCUAAGUCUGACUUUCUUGGCACGUGGUAGAGAAAGAAUGGAGAGGACUACUACUGAAGAUAUCAACCAUGCAGUGGACAAUGGCUAUGAAAUUGAAGAUAAUUCUUACAUUAUUGAAAAGGAUAAUAUCCAUAUUAUACAAACAUGCAAUGAGAAGCAGCAACCUUCCAAGUUUAGCCAUAACAUCCUGAAUUGACAAUUUUUCUGACUUUUUUCCUUAUUACUUUCUUUCAAGCUCAUGGACUACUUCUGGGUGUUAUCUCUACCUGACAGGAGCAAUUGCAAAACUAAAUAGUGACUCUGGAGAUGAUAAAAACUAACUUGGUACCAAACAAGGGCACAUUUAUCAGACUACAAAUUGUGCCAGAAAAAUUGGGGAUUAUAUCUGGCACUGAUUCUCCUAAGCUAUGCCAUUUUGUGUCAUGUGUGAACGUAGAAAAGUUAGGAUUUCUGGAGAGUAGCACAAUCACUGUAGCUUUCAAUCAAUCAAUAAAACAAAUAAAAGGGUAGUUUUGUUUUUGUUAAUCCCAAUUGCUACAUUUCUCCUUAAGUUCUCAUGUAGGCAGCUGGUUUUAUUUCCAUUAUAUAUAUUUUAGCACAGGUAGAUCCAAUUUCCUUUCUUGUUUUUGCAAAUGUGGCUUGUUGCCAACUUAUUUCCUGGGAUCUGAGAGAGCUCAUUUCCAUAGUUACAGUGCCUUUCCUAUAUUAUGCUACAAUAUAUGCAAAAACAUUCUAUUAAUAAGUGGUAGAUAUUGCUUGGAAAUGAGAACAUGAAUCCAAUGUAGAGAAAUUGCAACUGUCUCGACCUUCUGCUGCCACAAAUUGACAUAAGAUAUACAAGUCUGAGCUAUGGAAAGAAAAACUACUUUGGAAAACUGCAGUGAAUGAGUUGUUCAAUAGGAAAAGCUUUUUUAGAAAGAAACAGAAGCUAUUGCUGUUUGAGAUAUCCUACUUUAGAGUGACAGAUUGUUUCCAUCUUUACCUAACAAAUUCAAACUUAAAAGAUUCAAUGAUUAAUGGGAAAAGGCCAGUUUGUUGAUUUUUCUUUACUAACAUUAUGGGAAAUCUGCUAUUUCUUCCUCAAAAGCUUAGUUAGGCUUUUUUGUUUCACUGGGGAAAUUUGUACGGUAGAAAAAAUGAUAAACUGAUAUAGGGACAAUAAAGCUAUUAUUAUGGUUGUUUUAACCAAUAAUUUAAAACAAGAACCUUUUUUUUUUUCCCUCUUUUCAAGUAUUUAGAACAUUUUGAAAGUUAAGAUCACCUGCUAACUUCCUAUAUUUAUAAUUUGAUGUAGAAUGAAUUUCCAUUCUGAAUUACUAUUUACAAUUUUGUGAUGUAUGGUUGUCCUAACUUUAAACUGGAAAUUUAUAGCAACUUUUGGAAGAGAUUUCAGUGGUGGUGACAGCUCCACUAAGAAAGAGGGCUGGCUUUAAGAUUUUAAUGAUGGUCAGUAUGUAACACAUCCUAAAAUAGUACUAGAAGGAUCAUAAGUUGAGGAAAUUACCCCCAUUAUAUUACUAAGUAGAUGUAGUGUAUGUCACAUACCAAUUAGCUUAUACUUCAGCUUUCUGCGUUCUCCAGUGGGUAAAAGUGUCAUCAUGAUCAAUGGUGAUAAAAGAUGUGAAGAGUCUUUGAGAAAUUAAGCACUCUGCAAAUGUAAGGUAUAAUCAUCCUUAUCAUUAUUACUUAGGAUUAUAAGUCUAUGUGGAGCCUGUCACAGUAGGAAGUCCACAAUUACAUGCCCAAUAAGUUGGAUGUUGAUGAAAAUGAUGAUGACAGUGGUCUCAAAGCUAAAUUGCUGCUCUAGCUUAUAUGUAUCUCUUUAACAACUUAUCGUUAGGAAUUAUUUUUGUUCCAUGAAACAAGAGGAAAACAAUCUGUUGAACAACUUUGAGUACAAAACACGUUUCAUGAUUUAAUAAUCUUUUUUGAAUGAAAUAUUUGUAAAGAAGAAAAAUGUAUAUUAUGACAUUUAGAUUCAUGACAAUUCAUAAACCUCUUUAGCUGGUUUGAGAUGGGAUAUAAUGUAGAGUUAUCAGUGUCUUUAUUUUUAAAUUUAAAUGCCUCUUUGAAAACAAGCUACUCUUGUCUUUCACUGAAGGGUAUAGAUCUAACUGAACAAUUUUUCAAAAUUAUGUGCUGUAUGUACUCUGUGAAGAGGGUAUUUUAGUCCCGUUAUGAUCAUAAAACAAAAAUAGUUUUCUUUUGAAAGUGGCUUGUUAUUUUCUUAAUUUGUGAAUGAAUAGUGUACACAGUUAGACCACGACAUUGUAAUAUUUCUUCACUAGAGGUCCUUUUAUUAUUGUAUGGAUGUAAUUGAAGAUACUCGGUAAAAGUAUCACAAUAUAAUUAUAACUAAGUUAUAAUCUAAGUAGAAACUAUGAAGAGAAGUUCAAUACCAGAUCUAUAAUUCAGUACAAUAAUAGAUCUAUAAUUCAAAUCAUUCAGCAGAACUAUGUGAAAAUAUCUCAGUGAAAACAGCUAGAUGAAUAUUUCUAGUUAAAAGAGGGAAAUAGUAAAUCCUCAACAAGAUGCCAAAAUAAAAUGAUAUUAAUAUAUAUUACACAAAAUCUUAGCUUAAAAAAGUUUUCCUUUGGGGCAGCUCAUUGGUGUAGUGUUUAGUAGACCAUCAUCCCUGAAUUUAGGAGGACCUGAGUUCAAAUCUGCCCUCA